AUGCGUCCCUUCGUUCCAGCAGCCAUGAGCGAGCGCCUGGGCACCGGCGGCCUGCUGGCGGCGGCCGCGGGCGGGUUCCGCCUGGGGGCGCUGCACCCCCUCAUGCACCCCCCGCGCAUGUCGCCCUCGCCCGAGCUGUACCUCGAGGCGCACGCGGACCUGCAGCCGCUCGACUUCUCGACCAAGAAGGGCAAGAUGUCCCCCGCCAGCGACGCCGGCGAGAACAGCGACAGCGACCGCUGCAGCCUGCCGGAGGAGGGCGGCGGCGCCCUCAACCUGGCCCCCGAGCGCCCCGUGUGGUCGCGCUCCUCCGAGUCGGGCGUCUCGGUGACCAGCGCGUCCCCCGACCGGCCGGCGUCGCCCUCCGGCCUGCACGGCCCCCCCUCACCCAUGGCCACCAGCCCGCCCAGGGGCCUCCAGCCGCACCUGGGCUCCCUCCAGCAGCAGCUGCACGCCCACCUGGCGCACGCCCCCGCGAGCGCGCCCGCGGCCGCCCUCAACUCCACGCUCCUCUCGCAGCUCCACUCCAACCCGCUGCUCUUCUCCACGCUGCAGUCCGCCCUAAGCAAGUCCAAGAUGGGCGGCCACCCUUUCAAGACGCACCUGCCGGCGCGCAGCUCCUCGCCGCCGCCCAUGGACUACCCCGCGGCGUCCUCGUCGCCGACGCCCCUGCACCCCGCCCUCGCGCGCGCGCCUGCGGGCCUCGGCGGCCUGCCCGGGGCGGCGGGACUGGGCGGAGGCGGCUUCGGGGGCGUCGGCCUCGGGGGGGGAGGUCUGGGAGGAGGAGGCCUCGGGGGGAGCGGGCUGGGAGGCUCGGGUCUUGGGGGAGGAGGCCUUGGGGGGCCCGGGUUGGGGCCGGGCGGCCUCGCGGGCUCCGGGCUCGGGGGCGGCGGCGGCCUGCUCGGCCCGGGGGCGCUCAGCAUGAGCUCCGCCAGCCCGAACGCCCCCGGCGGCCUCGGCGCCCUGGACGGUCUGGUGGGCGGCCUCGGCGGGGGCCUCGGGGGCGGUGGCGGCCCGGGAAGCCUCGGCGGCGUGAUGGGCGGCAGGGGCGCGAUGCCCGGAGGAAUGGGCGGCGCGCAGGGCGAGGCGGCGCUCAACGCGGAGAGCAACGAGGCCUAUUCGCGAUUCCGGGACCAGAUGCUGGCGCAGGUUACGUCGGCGAAGGCGCGGCGCUCGCAGGCGUCACGCACGUCGAGCCAAGGCAGCGGCGACGCCAAGGGCGCUGACGCGGCGGACUCCAACAUGGACUCCAGCCAGGAUUUCGUGGGGGACGCGCCGGAGGCCAGGGCGAGGGAGGACGGGUUCGACGCAGGAGAGAUGCAGAGCUGCACGUCUUCCGGCGGCAGCGGCGGCAACGGCGGCGGCGGCACCAAGCGCCGCGGGCGAGCGAGCGGUGACGGCGUCAAGGACGAGGCCUACUGGGAGCGGCGCCGCAAGAACAACGAGGCGGCCAAGCGGUCCCGCGACGCCCGCAGAGCCAAGGAGGACGAGAUCGCGAUCCGCGCCGCCUUCCUCGAGCAGGAGAACCUCAAGCUCCGCGUGGAAGUGGCGUCGCUCAAGUCCGAGACGGCGAAGCUGCGGUGCAUGCUGUACAACAGCUGA